UAAACUUGCGUGACUUAAACACACUUUUAUUUAACAUUUACUUCUUUUCCCAUGAAGCUUCCGGACGAGCAUUUGAAGAGUUUAAACGUAUUUGAUGUUAUUAAAAAAUUAAACUCUAGAUGAUGCACUCAAUUUAAGGAAUUUCAGUGUGUUUUUUUUUUCAUUUGCAAGAUGAUCGGAGCUAUAGGAUUCGGAGUUCUGUUUGGAUUACUUCUUUCAGUUCAAGGCGACGAAUGUCAACCUGGAUACUUUUUUUGGUUUGGAUGUGAAAAGUGUAAACAUCCUGGAUGUACCUGCACGCUUUCAACAGAUUGUGAUGCAUGUCUAGAAGGCUUCUAUAUGAACGGUGAUAUAUGCUCAAGAUGUCCAUUAAACUGCAAGACAUGUGCGAGCUCGAGCAGUUGCUCAUCAUGCGAUCCAGGUUAUUAUGGAUAUAUAUGUCAACAGGAUUGUGGUAGAGGAUGUCUAGAUUCUAAGUGUGCAAAAAUAAAUGGAACAUGUUUAUGUCGGAGUGGUUUGUUUAGUGACGUUUAUUGCAAUACUUGUGUUCUAGGCAAAUUUGGACAUAACUGUGACCAUGAAUGUUUGGACUCGUGUAAUUCUUGUUCAAAAUCGUCUAACUGUGAAUCAUGCAAGCCUGGUUUGUUUGGACAUAUAUGUGAACAUAAUUGUUCUGAAAAUUGUUACAAUUGCUUGCAAUCAGGACAAUGUUUGACUUGCAACACAGGACACACUCACCCAAGCCAAUCAUGUGUUUGCGAACAAAGCAAGUGCGCCUCAUCUGACAACUGUAAUAAAUGUGUCAGCGACGAAUAUUUUCCAGACAAUGGGUCUUGCUGUCCCUGCUCAUUACUACAUCAUUGUAUAUCAUGCACAGUGUCAUUAAAUGGUACUAAGUGUGUUGCAUGUGAAGAAGGAUACUAUCCGAACGAACAUGGUUAUUGUUUUAAUUGUAGCGUUACGUGUAUUGAAGGAGAAUGCGAUUCAGUUUCGGGUAAAUGCAAAAAAGGAUGCACUGACGGCUACUUCGGUAAGCUUUGCAAACAGAGAUGCCAAGACUCAUGUUACAAGUGCAAUCGAUAUAGUGGAGAGUGUUUAGAGUGUGUUUCAAAUCUAAACUAUGGACCGAACUGUAACAAACAUUGCAGUGAGACUUGCGUUGACAAGGUGUGUGACAUACUUGGAGUAUGUACCAAAGGAUGUUCAGAAAACUACUUUGGAGUAAUGUGCGAAAAUGAAUGUGACAAACAUUGUAUCCAAAUUACAAUAGGCACAAUGUGUUCAUCUGAAAAUGGAGAGUGUCUCCACGGUUGCACUGCUGGCUACAUAGCAGCUGUUUGUCCUAAAGCUCCACAAGAUGAAAAACAGAUUACCAGUAGCUCGAGAGUAGUCGCUCUUGGUGGAGGUGUUGGUGGUGGUGUGUUAGCAAUGCUAGCAACCUUUGCCGUAAUCGCAUUCAUUUUUAAAAGGAAAAGGCGUGCUCAAAAUAGUAACGAUGAAACAAAAGCGUUUACUACUGAUCAAAAUGACGAACAGCAGGUGGAUUCAUCAUCGGUCUAUACGACUGUGAAUAAAACCACAGUUGUUCAACCCGAUGUUAUUUAUGUGAAUACUGCUGAGGGUCUCCCACAUGUUACCGUUAUUUCCAAUCAAACUCCGCCAGAGAAGAAAAUUAGCGCCGAAAGUAUUAUCACUGACGACAAUCUUGAAAUGGAUGACGAGGACGCUAUUGCACGGGAAAAUGCUAUUAGGUUUGAAGAAAAUGGAGGAGCGUAUUACAACAAUGCGAAUGAGGUUAACAAAAUCAAAGUUAAAGUUGAGGAGUUACCUGCGUAUGUUACAGCAAAAACGAAAUGCUCGUAUGUGGAUGAAUUUGAGAGAUUCCCAUACGGUCUUACUAAACCGUUUGAAGAUUCUCAAAAGGCCAGCAAUAUGUCACGAAACAGAUAUAAAGGAAUUUACCCGUAUGACGACUCACGGGUGAAGGUUUGGUACAGUGAAUCUGAUUACAUAAACGCAAGCUUUAUUGAUGGUUUCAAGAAAAGAAAUGAAUAUAUUGCAACUCUAGGUCCGAUGUCAAAGCAACUUGGAGACUUUGGAUUGUUUUGGGAAAUGAUCUGGCAGCAGAAAGUUGAAAAGGUCGUCAUGGUUACAAAUUUAAUUGAAGAAAAGAAAGAAAAAUGUGACCAAUAUUGGCCGAAUGUUCGUUCGUCUUCUCGUUACGGAAACUUUACUGUUACUUGUCUGUCAGAGGAUUCGUAUGCUGAAUUUACAAGACGAACAUUUCAAAUAUCUCAGAAAUCCGAGGAGAGAAUGCUUCACCAUUUUCAUUUCACGUGCUGGCCUGACAGAGGUGUCCCGGAAGAUGUUACCUCUUUGAUAGAGUUCCGGCAGUUGGUCCUAAACUGUUCGACAAAGCUGAGUGGUCCGACAGUGGUACACUGCAGUGCGGGCGUUGGACGAACCGGCACAUAUAUUGCUCUCGACAUUUUGACAAAGGAAGGAGAAGCGGAAGGAAGCAUUGACGUCCCCGGAUGUGUGCUCAACAUGCGCCAAAACAGGCCAAACAUGAUCCAAACUCUGGGACAGUAACAGUUUCUGCAUAGAGCUCUUGUUUAUUCACUGACGUUGGACUGUAACCCGGUGAAAGGGGAGCGUUAUCAGCAAUUCGUGGACAGUCUAAGUGACACUGUUAAGGCGAAAAUGUUUCAGCAAAUCCAGUUCACUGCAGGACAAUAUUCAGAGGAAGAAUCUGAAGCAAUUGAAAGAAACAAAAAAACUCAAGGGCAAAAACAGAGCAAAUGCUGACAUUCCAGGUGACGAGAACAGAUCCCGGCUGAAUAAAUGCAGCAAAGAGGGCGGAUCUGAUUACAUUAAUGCUGUUUUUAUAAACUCUUGCUCGUGUAUUGCCAGCUUUGAAACGGACAUUGGAAAUAAUAAGAGCGUGGGCUCAUAUUUUACUGCUGACAAACAAGUGUUAAAGAAGGG